AUGGCCGGCCACACUUAUCCCGCGGUCAAACUCCCCCAUCCUUUCCUCACCGCCUACCAAGUGCGCGCCGUUGAAGACGCAACUCCAACAAAGCGUAUCUUGGUCUUGCAAGAUCAGCCUGCUACUGGCAAACUGUUAUCUGAACCCCUACACCUCGAAUCCCUCUCAUGGCGUGAUCUGAUCUAUCGCCCCAAGGAGGAGCAACCUCCCUCCAACAACAACACCGCCUGGGGCCGAGCCCGCCGCAGCCCCGAGACCACCUUCCAAUGGACCGAUAACACUCCCUCCCUAGGCCAAAUCUGGGGUAUCGUCCAUGCAAUCUACCUAGCCUACCCCACAAAUGAGUAUUUCCGCGUGACUCUCAACGGAAAAGGCAAGGAGAUUUUGCGGAGUGAGCUACUCGCGACCGGCCUGGCAGUGGAACACCCGAAGCCCUUCGGCUCCAAAGAGAUCGCCCCCGAACAAGCAGAGGAACUGCUCAUCCUACGAAGCUCCUUCUGGCAAGGUGCCGCAUCACCAGCAGGUCCACGCCCAAUCUGGGCUGCCGGCGACGGAAUCGACGGACCCGCGCGCGAGUCAUUAGCUCGGUACCCCGUUCUGCCUGAGAACUACCACUUCACAAACAAGUUCCCCGAAGAGCCAGUGUACACUCGCCACCCUGUUCGGCGACCCAAGCCCGCUCCCGGCUCAAUUGCGUAUAGUCGCUACAUCCCCGAGGUUGAUGAGCAUUUCUCGCUGGAAGUGGUGAAUUGGGAGGAUGCAGAGCACUUGAAGCUCUUCAAUACUUGGCAGAAUGACCCGCGUGUGGCGAAGGGGUGGAACGAGACAGGAACAUUAAAUCAGCACCGGGAGUACCUGCGCAAGCUGCACGUUGACCCGCAUGUUCUGUGCUUGUUUGGGCGGUUCAACGAUACCCGGUUCUCGUAUUAUGAGUUGUACUGGGCGAAGGAGGAUCAUUAUGGUGCUCACUAUAACGCUGGUGACUAUGAUCGCGGUCGCCACUCUCUUGUCGGCGAUGCCUCUUUCCGUGGUUCCCAGCGUGUCAACGCUUGGUACUCCAGCUGUAUCCACUACUGCUUCCUUGAUGACCCACGGACGGCAAAUGUUGUGGGCGAGCCUCGUGCUACAGGCUCGAUCAUUCUGUCGUAUGAGAAUGCUCAGGGUCUGACGAUUGGCUCGUACGUUGACUUGGGACACAAGCGCUCUGUGCACUCUAUCGCCAGCAGAGAAAAGUGGUUCCAGUUGUGCCCGAUCUUCUGGGAUGGACGGGAGCGCCCACUAGAGUCUGCCGAUCGUGCCGCAUGGAAUGCUAAGCUAUAA